AUGUUAUCAAUUUAUUUUUACAUUAUAAUUUUAUUUUUUAUCAUUGGAAUAACACCAAAACAAGUUUUUGAAGAAUUUGAUACAAAUGGAAAACAAACAAAAGAUCAAGCAGAGGCUGCUUUGGAAGAGGCUUUGGGAGAGAUUCGCUUUCAAGCUGUUGAAAAUAAAAAUAGAGAAAAUGGAAUUUCAUUAUUAGAGUCUUCAAUUGAAAAUUUAGAGAAAUAUAAUUUAAACACAACAUUACUCCCUUCAGAAAAUCAACAAAUAACAUCAGCACCCUCAAUUGUUUUAAUUAAUCCCCCAAUAGAAUUGCCAAAAUCUGUUCCAAUUGCUAAUUUUAUUGUUCAUCCAAACGAACAAAAACAGCAACGUUCUCAACAAAAAUAUCAAAAAUUUGAAUUUAUGCCUCAUUUUGAUAGAGAAAUUUAUGAAUUUAUGGUACCUGAAGAGCCACCAAUUAAGGCGGAUGCAUUAGUUGCUGUUUUAACAUUUUUUGGACAUUUAAAUGCCCAACCACCCCAAUUUGAACUUAAAGGAGAAAAACUUGGGUGGUUUACUGUAGGAGAAGUAGCCUCCACACAAAAUUUUGCACAAAUUAAAGUUGAAGUUUUGCCAAUGAGAAAUUAUUCGCAUUUGGAAAUGGAACCGAAAGAAGAGAAAGAAGAAAAAGAAUUGAUAACAAAUACAACAAUAGGGACAACAACAAAAGACGUUUUAGAAGUUAAAAAGAAGGAGAAUGGGGAAGUAAUUGAGGAAAAAGAAAAUUUAGACAGAAUGCCAAAAAAUAAAAAUUCUGAAAAAAUGGAAGGGAAUGGAACGGAUAUUGAAAUAAUUGAGGGAAUUAAUGAGGAGGAGUUGAAGAAUUCUUCUUUUUUGGUGGAAAGAAGGGAAGAAGAAAUAAAAAAUAAUUUUGAAGAGGAAAAGGUUAAUGAAAAGAAGAAUGUUACAAUUAAUGUAGAAAAUAUAAUUAAAGAAGAAUUAAUUAAUUUAAAUGAGGAAACAAAUAAUUUAACAGAGGAAAUAUUAAUUAAUAAUUUAAUAAUUAAAAAUAAUUCUUUAUUUAAUGAAGAAAAUAAAACAAAAGAAGAAAAUAAUUUAAUUAAAUUAAUUCCCCGAAAUUUAAAUAUUUUAAUUAAUAAAAAAUUAAUAAAUAAAGGAAAUGUUAAUAUUUUAUAUUCAAAAUUACCAAAUUUAAUUAAUGAGCCAAUAGAUAAUUUUAUUUUGGAAUAUAAAUUAAAUGAAGAAGAAGAAAAUUUUAAUUUAACAAACAAAUUACUUCAUAUAUGGAUAACAACAACAUCACCUACAGAUUCCCUUCCAAAAAUAUUAGAUAUUCGCCCCCAUUAUUUAGCUCCCGGAGAUUUAGCAGAAUUAUGGCUAUUAAAUCCAACAAAAAUUUUAAAAGAAUAUUUUCAUUUAUUUCCUUUAAAUUUUAAAAUUUUUGGUCAAAAAGUUGACGAAAAAGGAAAAGAAUUUAUUGAUAACAAACCUUUUUUAAUUUUUGAUGGAAAUUUGGAAUUAAAUGGAGAACCAGAAAAAGCACCAAAAUUUGAAAAAAAUGAUUAUAAUUUUAAUUUAAAUGAAAAUGAAUUGGAUGGAUAUGAAAUUGGGAAAUUAAAAAUUUUUGGGGAAGAGGAGUCUUCAACAAAUUCAACAACACAAAAUCCAUUAAUUUAUUCAUUAUUUGGUCAAGGCUCCAAUUACUUCAAUAUAGACAAUAACGGCCUUUUAACUCUAAAAUGUCCAUCAUCAUCAUUAAUUAACAAAAACAAUUUAACAAAAACUUUAACUUGUUUAGAUUUAGAAUCUUCUUCUUCUUUAAUUCCAACAACUUUUUAUUUAGUUUUUACAGCAAAAUAUUUAAAUUCUUUAGGUCCUUCCUCUUCCCCAAUUUCUUUAAUAAUUAAUAUAAAAGAUAUAAACGAUAAUAAACCAAUUAUUAAAUUAAUUGAUGAUGAAAAUAAUAAAGAAAUUUUAAUUAAAAAUGGACAAAUAAUGGAAGGAGGCCCUAAAACUAUGGCUAUUUUAGAUAAUGAUAGGUAA